AUGGCGAUUUCUUCAGCUGCAGCCUCAGCUUCCACUAAGCUCAUUUACCCAUAUGCAUCUUCAUCUUCUCCUUCUUCUUCUUCAUCUUCUUCUUCUUAUCCUUCAAGCACUGCCAUUUUAGCCUCUAGACCCACAUCGAAACUGACCCAUCUCUCUUCUUCGUUCAUAAACCCAUCCACCAUUCUCCACCUCACACCAGUUACCUCAACUGCCCCCACUCGCCAAUCCCGGUCAUUCACAAUCCGAGCUGCUCGUGGGAAAUUCGAGAGGAAGAAACCCCAUGUCAAUAUCGGCACAAUAGGCCACGUCGACCACGGCAAGACCACUCUCACUGCUGCUCUGACUAUGGCUUUGGCUUCCACCGGAGGAGGCGCCCCAAAGAAGUACGACGAAAUUGACGCAGCCCCAGAGGAGCGUGCUCGUGGUAUCACCAUCAAUACCGCCACCGUCGAGUACGAGACCGAAAACAGGCAUUACGCCCAUGUCGACUGCCCUGGUCACGCUGACUAUGUGAAGAACAUGAUUACUGGUGCUGCCCAGAUGGACGGAGCUAUCCUCGUCGUUUCAGGUGCCGAUGGCCCAAUGCCUCAGACCAAGGAGCACAUUUUGUUGGCUAAGCAAGUGGGUGUGCCUAACAUGGUGGUUUUCUUGAAUAAACAGGACCAAGUUGAUGAUGAGGAGCUUUUGCAGCUUGUGGAAUUAGAGGUUCGUGAGUUACUUUCUUCGUAUGAGUUUCCUGGUGAUGAUGUGCCUAUUAUUUCUGGUUCUGCUUUAUUAGCUUUAGAGGCUUUAAUGGCUAAUCCCAGCAUUAAACGAGGAGAGAACCAAUGGGUUGAUAAAAUUUAUGAGCUUAUGGACUCUGUUGAUGAUUACAUUCCAAUCCCACAACGCCAAACUGAUCUCCCAUUUUUACUUGCCAUAGAAGAUGUGUUUUCAAUUACAGGUCGUGGUACUGUGGCCACUGGCCGUAUUGAAAGGGGUACCAUUAAGGUUACCGAUACAGUCGAAAUUGUUGGUCUAAGGGACACCAGAACCACUACAGUUACUGGGGUUGAAAUGUUUCAGAAAAUCCUUGAUGAUGCUAUGGCUGGUGAUAAUGUGGGAUUGUUGCUUAGAGGUAUUCAGAAGGCUGAUAUACAGAGAGGGAUGGUUUUGUCUAAGCCUGGUACCAUUACCCCACAUACCAAGUUUGAGGCAAUUGUGUAUGUGUUGAAGAAGGAAGAGGGUGGCCGGCAUUCGCCCUUUUUCGCAGGUUACAGGCCUCAGUUUUACAUGAGGACUACUGAUGUCACUGGUAAAGUGCUCACCAUUAUGAAUGAUAAGGAUGAAGAGUCUAAGAUGGUUAUGCCUGGCGACCGUGUCAAGAUGGUUGUCGAACUCAUUGUUCCAGUGGCUUGUGAGCAGGGAAUGAGGUUUGCCAUUAGAGAAGGAGGGAAAACAGUCGGAGCUGGUGUUAUUCAAUCCAUAAUUGAGUAAAAAAGAGGAACUUUACUUUUGGAGCCUGUUAGCAAACUUUGUCAUUCUCACCAUUUUGAGUGGUGUCAAAAACUUUUAUGUUAUCAGCUUAAUUCUUGUUUAGUUUUGGGACUUAACUCAAUAUCCUUUCCUUUUAUUCAAUGUCAUAUAUUUUGUAGGCUUGUUUCCCUUUUCUCCCUUUUAUUGUUGUUUAGUCUAGCUGGAUGAUGUCUUUGGUGAUAAUUGAUAUAAUUCAACAAAAGUUUGGCUUUAA